GGUUAAACACGUGUGCGGAAGUAGAGACAACUUGCACAACAUACGGUGCAGAAAGUCAGAACCACGCUGUUGACGAUUCACCUAUGUCACGAGUUGGGGAAACAUAUAACAAGUGUUGGUGAAUUAUUAGCUUGACAAACAUGGCACAGCAGACUGCUGAAAGUCUACCUAUAGAUAUUCACUAUAACAAGUUGCUUGACUGGCUGGUGAGCCGGCGCCACUGCAGUAAGGACUGGCAGAAGGCGACUAUCGCCAUCCGGGAGAAGAUAAACACAGCCAUACAAGACAUGCCUGAAGUCGAGGAGAUAUCGGCACUGCUGGAAGGAACUUAUAUCAACUAUUUCCAUUGUUUGACAAUCCUGAGGCUUUUGAAGGAAACAGAAUCAGGAAAGAAGAAUAUAUUUGGUCAAUAUUCUUCUCAACGAAUGAAGGAUUGGGCUGAAAUUGUGAAGCUUUUUGAAAAAGACGGGGUAUAUCUUGGUGAGGUGGCACAGAUGGUGUCACGCAAUGUUAAUUAUGAGAUUCCUGCACUGAAGAAACAAAUAGGCAAAUGUCAACAAAUUCAGAAGGAUUGUACCAGGAAGGAGGCCGACUACAGUACCAACCAAUCAGAGUUGAGGCGGAAGUAUGACGCCUCCUGUAAACAGAUGGGUAUAGAGGGAAAGAAGAUAAAGUCAGAGUUAGCUGCCCUUGUUAGAGAUCUUCCCACUGAAUAUCAGAAAAUGGCAAAGACAACAAAGUCGCUUCAACCAGCAUUUGAUUAUUAUCAAAACUUUGUGUCAUUUGUUAUGAAAAGUGACAAGUUUGAAUCAGAAUCCCUCCAGUUUCUAAAGUUUAUCAUAUGUAAUGGCGACGUUACGACGUACCAGUGGCGUACAGGAAGUGCUCCUGAUAAGGUGGAAGACACGAACAUACAGAUCGACACUACCGAUGAGCAGGAGGUCGUGGAGGAGACAGGAGAUAUUGACUGGGGAGGUGAAGAAGACCAGAUAGACUUUGGUGCGGACAUAAACCUCGACAUCACAGACAUCACUGUCGAGAGCGGCGGAGCAGAAACGGAACUAAAAGGGGAAGAUGAAAAUGGUAUCGACUACGGUGACUUGAUUGAAGAAGAUACUAAGGAUAUCUCAGUGGCUACUACAGGUGAUGGUGUGGCGAGGGGGAAGGAUGCCCUGUCUGUUCUUGACAACCCAGACACAAGGAACGAAUUCAUCAAUGACCUGUUGGAGCUGGAAGCUUUCCUGACUCAGAGGUUGUCGGAGAUGUCCUCAGAGGAUGAUGUGUUAGCUGGAAGUCAGUUCCAGUCAGCGCCAUCAGCCAUACAGAUUGAUGCUUCCAAGGUCAAGGACAUGCUGAAUAAGGUCAAGGGCAUAUUGGAGCAGUUGACCUCAGUACAGAUGCAGCACCUGUUGCUGAUCAGGAAUUCUCCCAGGUAUGUGGAGAGACUGAGGGACUCCUUGAAGCAGACGCUGACCCUGGCUGACAAGAUGGUGUUCUACGAGAAGGAGAUGGUUGUGAAGAGGAAGGAGGCGCUGGAGGAACAAGGUCAGCUGGAGCCCAAGCUGGACACUCUGGUCAGCAAGACAAAGGUCAUGCAGAAGCAGAUGGAAGGUGAGAUAUCCAAGAAGUAUAAGGAUCGGCCAGUCAACAUCAUGGGGGAGAUCAACACAAUAUAGUGGACCAUGUUACCAUGUACAGUUACGGAUAACGACACAUCUCUGAAAUUGGUCAGCAGUUUUGAGUGAAGACUGUGACAAGACAAUACAGCUAGUCAUGGAAUCUCUGGACCAGUGUGCCACCAUUAAUACUGAUGCUUUCAUUUCUGCUUUAAAACAUCAAAUAAACAUGAGUGAGUGAGUUGGUAUAAAAGCCAUUUUAACAAUAUUCCAGUUAUAUCACGGCAUGUCAGCUUAAUGCCGGAGGAAAGCCAGAAAUAAAGAUGUUGUCAUAGAACUGAUUUUACUUUAUUCUGACUAUGUAUUUAAUAAUGUUAAAUUAAGAGUGAGUGAGUGAGUGAGUAUGGAUUUACGCCACUUUUAGCAAUAUUCCAGCAAUAUCACGACGGGGGACACCAGAAAUGGGCUUCACACAUUGUACCCAUGUCGGGAAUCAUAUCUGGGUCUUCGCCGUGACGAGCGGACGCUUUAACCACUAGGCUACCCGACCGUCCCCGUUAUAUUAAGAGCACCAGUUUGCCUGCACAGAGGUAUUUCCAAUACACCCAAUUGUUAUGAAUUUUUAGCAUCAGAUAUUGACUGAAUUAUUCAAGCAUUGGUCACCCGUUGUGAAUGAAUGAAGCGGUGUAUAGAACUAGGCAUCUCAACCAUAAGAACUUGCUAUUGUUUCUCCGACAUGUUCAGGCAGAGCUAUGGCCCAUUUAGUAUGCUGCAGAAUGCAGAGUUGUGUCCUUUGUGCAGUUUUGGAAUCCUAUAAUUGUAAGUUCCCAUACUCUCUGAUUAUGACCCUUGAUUUGUUAGCACUAUACUCAAUUGCUUAGGGCUUGUUCCACAAAGUGAUGGUAGUGCCAAGAUGAUCGUAGCUCCCAUACUCAAUACAGUCGUAGAGUUAAGGCGAUGUAACUCCCAUACUAGACAGUCGUAGAGCCAAGACGAUCGUAACUCCCAUACUAAACAGUCGUAGAGCCAAGACGAUCGUCACUCCCAUACUAGACAGUUGUAGAGCCAAGAACAUCGUAACUCCCAUACUAGACAGUCGUUGAGCCAAGAUGAUCGUAGCUCCCAUACUAGACAGUCGUAGAGCCAAGACCAUCGUAACUCCCAUACUAGACAGUCGUAGAGCCAAGAUGAUCGUAACUCCCAUAAUAGGACAGUCGUAGAGCCAAGACCAUCGUAACUCCCAUACUAGACAGUCGUAGAGCUAGGACCAACGAUAAUUCCAAUACCAGACAGUCGUAGAGCUAGGACGAUCGUAACUCCCAUACCAGACAGUCGUAGAGCCAAGACGACCGUAACUCCCAUACUAGACAGUCUUAUAGCUAGGACGAUCGUAACUCCCAUACCAGACAGUCUUAGAACUAAGACGAUCGUAACUCCCAUACUAGACAGUCGUAGAGCCAAGGCGAUGUAACUCCCAUACUUUAGGCAGUCGUAGAGCUAAGCUUAUCAUAACUCCCUUACUUAAGACAGUCGUAUACCUGAUACGAUCAUAAUUCCAAUGCUUAAGACAGUCGUAGAGCUAAGAUGAUCCUAACUCCCAUAAUAAGAGAGUCGUAGAGCUAAGACGAUCCUAACUCCCAUAAUAAGACAGUCGUAGAGCUAAGACGAUAGUAACUCCCCUGAUAAAGAUAGUCGUAGAGCUAAGACGAUCGAAGCUGUGUACAUUAAUAUAGACUUCCUCGCUUUGUGAAAAUAGGGCUUAGAUUGUCAAACAUUUAAAACCUACCUCACAUUUCUUCCAGCAUUAAGAUGACACACCAUGAUAUCACUGAAAUACAGACAAAGCUCACUUACUCAUUCUGACCUGUUUAAGGUUUCCCAUCAGUACUGUAAUACAGAAAACAUUCCAUCCACAUUUCACAGCUGAGUGCCACAGAGAUUUGUGUGUGUGAUGAAGGAGUACCAAAUGAUCAGAUUGUAAGUCAUACCACACAAGGACUGAGAGUGUCAUGAAAAAAUGGACAGUUUAUAAUAAAAUAUAAAGUGCGUUUGUCUUUUCAUGGAGGGUCAUGAAAAAAAUUACAAGCAUUAGGGGAGGGUCAUUAUUUGCUGCAUCAAAGACCUCUGACCACCCCACCCCACCCUGUAAUAAAUGACCGGUCCCUCUAUGAAAUAAGGGUCUAUGUAACCAGUUUCCAGUACAUAUGCAUGGGUACACUACUGUGAAAGAUUUCUACAUAGAGGAAUGCCUGUAUUUGUAACAUUGGUAAAAACAUUUUCAUUAUUACACUGUCUCCAAAGGCCAAUGUGUAUGGUUUACGUAUCUAAACUGAACAGAAAAGUUAGGGAUCACUACAAAAAUAUAUUCCGAUAAAUAGUCAGGAUCCCUAACCUUUUUUGUUCAGUAUAUUUAUAAGAACUGAUGAAAAUUCAUGCCUGCAUGCAUUCAUUAUGAUACAAACUGUUAUUUAUUGUUACUGUUGUGUUCACUGUGACCUGUAAAUAAAUGAAAUAAGACAGUAAAACAUUGAUUAAAAGAGAAA